UUUUCUUUCUAGCUUAGCUAGCCUCAUUCUCCAUUCUCUGUAUAAAAUAGCAUACACUUCAUUUUCUUCUCCCACUCUUCUCUAUCAUGAACCAUGGAAUACCACCAGUCCUAUUCGUACUCAAACAAUGAUUUUCAGUCUCAGACAAAUUAUUUUCAUGGUGAUCAAUCAGAUCAUUACCUUACUUCUGAGCCAAGCCUCAAGUCAGUUGCUUCCUUGACCUCACGAUCCAACAACCAAGAAAAUCAGCCCACAUACCACCACUGCCUCACCACCCUGCAAGGCCACAACUCCUACAUAUCCUCUCUCACCAUAUCUGGAAACUUCAUCUAUACCGGUUCUUCCGACAGAGAAAUCCGGUCGUGGAAGUGCAACCCUCAUGUCGAGUCCAAUAACGAAAACUUGAGUGCUGAUCAUUGCAUGGUGUCAGCUGGAAAGGGAGCAGUGAAGGCCCUAGCAAUUUCAGGUGACAAGCUCUUCAGUGCUCAUCAAGAUCACAAGAUUCGAGUCUGGAAAAUCGACAAUAAUGAACCAGACCACCAAAGGUACUCGCGCUUAGCCACGUUGCCAACGCUUGGCGACCGUGCUGCUAAGCUUCUGAUGCCAAAGCACCAGGUCCAAAUAAGAAGGCACAAGAAGUGCACUUGGAUCCAUCAUGUGGACACUGUCUCUGCACUAGCCUUCUCAUGGGACGAGUCACUUCUCUAUUCUGUUUCAUGGGAUCGAACCCUCAAAGUAUGGAGCACAACAGACUUCAGAUGCUUGGAGUCUGUGAGAAAUGCACACGAUGAUGCUAUAAAUGCAUUGGCAGUAUCAGUCGAGGAUGGACAUGUUUAUACUGGUUCAGCAGACAAAAAAAUUAAGGUGUGGAAGAAAGAGUCAGGAGCAAAGAAGUAUUCUCUAAUUGCUACAUUAGAGAAGCAUAACUCUGGGGUUAAUGCACUUGCUCUGAGCAGUGAUGGUUCUGUGUUGUACUCUGGUGCCUGUGACAGGUCCAUUGUUGUUUGGGAGAAGAUAGAUAGUGAGGGUAACAUGGGUGUUGUGGGUGCUCUUAGAGGUCAUACCAAGUCGAUACUAUGCUUGGCAGUUGUGUCAGACUUGGUGUGCAGUGGCUCUGCAGACCAAACCAUACGAAUCUGGAGAGGGGUGGCUAAAAGUUAUUCAUGUUUGGCAACGUUGGAAGGGCAUAAAGGUCCAGUCAAGUGUUUAACUGCUACAGUUGACCACUGGAACACAUCUGACACUUCUAAUUAUCUCAUUUACAGUGGAAGUUUGGAUUGUGACAUCAAGGUUUGGCAGGUCUUUGUUCCUUGUCAGUAGAAGACUCUUUCUCUUUUCCUUCUUCUAAUCUUCUUCCUUCAGCUUAGUCUUGCCUAUUGAGAGGAGAUCUUGUUUUUCUGCUUCCUCUUUUGCUUAUGUUAGGCCUCGUUUGGUAUACGGAAAGGAAAGUAGUUCCUUUGGAAUUUCCAUUAGUUUCUCUUUCCUCUACUUACUGGAGGCUAUUAGCCACUUGGGUUAAGUUAGGAAUGUCUGCGUAAGAGAUAUCAGAUAUGAAGUGUAUGAUUCAAGAGACUGUGAUCUUAGCGGGUGAGAUAUUGUUGCGGAGAUGGAAGUAUGAUGAAAGAAAAAUGUAGGCUGUCAUAUAAUAAAGAAGAU